CACACGGGAAACAAGAUGGCGGCGGCAGGCCCCAGUACUCGGGCCUCUUCCGCGGCAGCAGCGGCGGCUCUGAGUCGGCGGGGUCGGCGGGGCCGCUGUGACGAGAUGGCGGCCGCAAAAACCGGGGCCCCGGGCCCAGCCUCUGGUCCCGCGCUGUUGGUGUUUCCACCGCCGUUGCUGCAACCGUCGCUACCUCCUAGGUCGGAGGAAUCGAGCUGCGCCGGGUGCCUGGAGACGCCGGGGGAAGCAGCGGCCUUGCCGUGCGGCCAUUCGCUGUGCCAAGGCUGCGCCCAACGCGCCGCCGACGCAGCGGGCCCUGGUUGUCCGCGCUGUCGGGCCCGCGGCCCGGGCUGGGCCCGCCGUCGGGCUCGCGACGACAGCCAGACAGACGCGGAGGUACUGGGCGAGCGCGUCCGCCGCAGUCACCCCGAGCGCUGCCGCCCGCGCAGGGACGGGGGCGCGGCCGCUGUGGAGCCUGGGCCGGAGCAGGAGCCGCGCGCUGCGCCCGCGGAGCCAGAGUUUAUAUUCAGAGCACCAAUCAAAUUAAGCAAGCCUGGGGAGCUUCGUGAAGAAUAUGAAAGUCUGAGAAAGUUGAGGGAAGAAAAAUUACAAGAGGAGAAAACUUCUGAAGAUCAAAGCCACAAGCUGUUACCAGAGGAUAUGGAAACAGGGAAAAGGAAAAUGGAUGAACAGAAAAGAAGAGAUGAGCCAUUAGCACUGAAAUCAAAUCUGGAACAUUGUCCUGCACGUCUCUCAGAUUCAGAGAACGAAGAACCUUCUCGAGGCAAGACGAUACAGACACAUCGCUCAGCAUUUGUUUCCAAGAACAACUCCUACUCCUUAACUUUCCUGGCAGGGAAUCUAAACUCUAAAGUGGAGAGGAGUCAGAGCUGCAAUGACACUGCUCAGGACAGAACAAAGGGCAGACUCAGAGCAGCUCCAGCCAGCAAAGCCAAGGUAACAACUGUGACCCCAGCAUCCAACCCUAUAAUUGGUGUCCUCUUGUCCACUCAAAACAACCGCUGCCUCUCAGCCCCUGACUUAACCAUCGAAAAGCGCCUGCCCUUCAGCUCCCUCUCAUCCUUGGCUUCCCUGCAUAAGCCAGAGCGUUCUAUCAGCCCUGAGAGCAAUGACAGCAUCUCUGAAGAACUAAACCAUUUCAAGCCCAUUGUCUGCUCACCAUGCACUCCUCCGAAGAGACUCCCUGAUGGCCGUGUGCUAAGUCCCCUCAUCAUCAAAUCCACACCCUGCAACCUCAACCGAAGCCUGCAGAAGCAGACUUCUUAUGAGGCCAGUCCAAGGAUCCUCAAAAAGUGGGAACAGAUCUUUCAGGAGCGGCAGAUCAAAAAGACCCUUUCAAAAGCUACUCUUACUUCCCAGCCUCCUGAAACAGGGGAAGACUUAUUAGUCUCUGAAGUUACCCAUUCUAGCAAAGAGAAGCCAGUUUUGGCUUUGAAUACAAGGCUGUCCAGCGGGCAAGUACUCUCGCAGUCUACUGGGCCCACCCCCACUGACCUUGAUUUUUUCCCCUCUGCUAGCCAGACAAAAGUAGAACGGGGCAGUGAUAGUAAAAGGGAUAUUGAGAUUCCAUUGGAAACCUGCUGUUCCUCAGAACUCAAAGGGGGAGCCAGUGAGACUUCUUUAGAGAGAGAGCAGUUUGAGGGGUCAGGUUCAACCCCGGAUGCCAAGUUAGAUAAACCCUGUAUAAGUGCGGCCAUGAAAAUCUCAGCAGUUAAUUCAGUGCUACCCAGAAACAAUGUUUUGGGUGGGGUCCUGAAAACAAAGAAACAGCUGAAGACAUUGAAUCAUUUUGACUUACCUAACGGUCUACUGGUAGACAAUCUAGGUGAGGAGCCGCUUCCUUCCUUACGCCGGGGACGGAAAAGACACUGUAAGACCAAGCACUUGGAACAAAAUGGCUCCCUUAAGAAACUGCGACAAACCAGUGGCGAGGUGGGUCUGGCCCCGACAGACCCAGUACUACGAGAGAUGGAGCAGAAAUUGCAGCAAGAGGAAGAGGACCGACAGUUGGCUCUGCAGUUGCAGCGCAUGUUUGACAACGAGAGGCGGACUGUGAGCCGGCGAAAAGGAAGCGUGGAUCAGUAUCUUUUACGGUCCAGCAACAUGGCUGGGGCCAAGUAGCACUUAAAGGACAGUGUUACCUAUUUUCUCAAGGUCUUUGGGCUUGAUCAUUUAUCCUGAAGAGCUGAGUAUUCUCACUUUGGGUUUCUCUUGAUGGUAAAACACUGUUUUAUAUGGUUCUGUGAGGUUCCAGGGUCUUUGUAGUCAUUAUCCAAGGGAACUGUGUCUCUGCCUCUCUGUGACCCAGGCUGGAAGCACUGCCCAUCCCCAGAGUGACCCAUCCCUGAGGGCUUCUGGGCCAAAUCUGGCAGCACCUGCUUGGAGUGAGGUUUGGGAUGGCCUCAUUCAGGAGCACAGUGGCCAGUUAGAAAUGGUAAAGGAAAGAGGGGAUACCUUCUCAAACUGAUAGCCUUCCUGGCUUCAUUCAGUAGGGCUUUGUUUUAAAUCAGCCUUGCAGAUAAAAAUUAAUUCCAUCCUUUUCAGAGGAACGGAACAGUGUAGUUCUUUGGCAGAUCCAAAUGAUAGACGGUUAUGUUCCCCCUUCUCCUCCUCCUGCCACAGAUAAAUAUACCUACCUACAUCAGUUGAGCUUAUGCUGCUACAAAUACUAAGUCACAUUCCCUGUUCAAAAAAUAACAUUUGAUUAAUGCCGUAUUGUUGACAGAGCACAUUCACAGUCAUUUAAUUUGGUCUUCCCAAGAGACCUAAUAUGUAAGUGCUAUUAGCCCCAGUAUUAGAUGAAGAAACUGCAGUGCAGAUGUUCCAAUCCUUUCAACUACUAAGUGGCAUAGCCCAGACUGACUGCUGGGUCUCCUGACAACAAAUCCCAUGGAUUUUCCACACUAAAGAGUUGCCCUAAUGGACUGUAACCCAGGAGCAUGCCAGGGGAGUCUAGAGAAAGCUGGCUGGGCAUUGAACACCGUAGUCUUAAAAUCCACGUGUAAAUAAUUGAGAUUGACAGGAAGUAUAAAAAUAUACUGUAUGGUUGUCCCUAUCCCCCACAGUUUGUGGCCUUCUGUUUUACUGGGCGCUCCAGCCUGUGAGGCAGAGUACAGUCGGCCUUUGUUAUUACUCUCCACAUGGCCAAGGUUAUCUGCAGUGUUGAUCUAAAUCCUAAAAAUUCGCCGGGAAGUCAGGCAAAGAACAAUGGUGAAACUCCAUACUAUGGAAACAAGGUAUCUAGCUGGAUGCAGCUGGUAAAUUCAGUCCCAUGGACCUUGGGGUUUAUUUUCCUUAGCAGCUGACACCAUGUGUCUUUUGCAUCCCUAGUGGUGCUUGGUGCUUCUGCCCACGUGGGCUCAUUGAGAAUAGGGAUUAAGGUAUGAUUUUAGGGAAUCUCAGAUGGGCUGGCAUUCCCUGUGCAUGUAUGAACUGUUACUAUAAAGUCAUGUGACUGGCAUUUUAACAAACUUACCAGAGCUUAUAUAUCCCAAUGUACAUUGUCCCCUUUGAGUAGUCCCAGCAGCAUACAAUGUAGUUUUUCCAAUGAUGUUGCCAUUGCUGAAAACAUUUCUGGAACUGUCCUCAAAGUCUAGAAACAUAUACUCUUAAAAUUUUAGAAGUAAAAGGGGCCUUAAUGGUCAUCGGUUUCAACCUCCUCCUUUUCCUAAGGCAGAGGCUAAGAUCCAGAACAGUGACUCACUGAUCAAGGUGAGUAGGGAGUUACUUGUAGCACCUUCUUUUGAUUCUUCUCAGGAGAUUUGCCCUUUUUCUCAGGGCAAAUCAUAGCCUUUUGGGGCUAAAAGAGAGAAAAGUUUUAAAGUUUUAAACUAGUUAGAGCCAUUUGAAACCUCUGGAAAAGAAGAUGGGUUAUUCAGAGGGCAGAGAUGGUUUGGAGUCACAAAUAAGGAGCAGCUAUAAAGCAGCACUCAGAACCAUUUUCUUGUGUAGCUCAUAACCAGUUCCCCAAGAGAAGUUCCUGAGAUGUCUUAAGUAUUGUGGUCAUCAUUGAGAUAUGUGGAACCUCCUUAGUGACUGCUUUGGUGGGGAACAUCACUCACCUGGAUGUAUGUAUUCUGUGCUCUGUGUGUGUGUGUACACACGCCCACGUGCAAAUGUAUGCUUAAAAACAUACAUCGUUCUCUUUAUAUUCAUACCACUUCAGUUCUAGGUCAUACCAGCAACAUAUGCCUUCCAAGGGCUGCUGGAGGGCAUGUUAGUACCCAAGAUAGAAGAGCUGGCACUGGUCUGCAGAGGGCAGGGAGGGUGACCUAACUAAAUGCCUCUAGAGAAGGCAUCCGUUACUGCCAUUUCAUGUAUUUCCUUUUUGAUCUUAGUAGAUAUUAUUGGAAGGCUAGUCCCAUUGGUAAUAGCAAAGACACUUAUUUUUCCACUUGUCACCUUUUUCUAUAUCUCCAAUAAUUUGAAAAAUGCUUUUCAGUUGGAACUAAAUUUUGUUUUCAGGAAAAAAAAAUAUUUUUAAUAGAUAAAGAUAUAUAUUUUAAAUAUUUCCCCAGAGUAAUACUUUAAUUUUAAGAAAUUGUGUAGUAGUAGCAACAAGUUUUAGCUUCAGGUGCAGAAUGAAAAGCUACUUCUUGUUAAGCAAAUAUUCCAAAUGCUAGGUCCAGCUUGUCUUUUUCCCUUGCAUCUGAUGUGGUGCCUAAAUGGUAUACAUGGUUGUUAUUUUCCAAACCUCUUGCUGAGCAGUGGGCCCUCAAAUAUAGGCAAAGGAGUUUAGGUUAAAGAGGGAAUAGGAUUGAUCUUUAAUCUGCUUGGCUCUGGAGGAGGAAGAAACCACUAAGGUAUUAUUUGUAUUUCAAGAUGCUCCCCAUACUUAAUACCAAAAUCUGUUUCUCACAAGUCACUAGAGUCCAAUUAACCAUACAAAUUUCCUGCAUCCUACUAACUCUGAUCCUGGUGUAUAUGCAUUCGGUGUUUUUUUCUUAUUAAAGUAGGGAGGCUGUGAGAGGGGGGAGGGCGGAUGGAAGUCCAAGAAAUGUGGUGCCCCCAGGAGGAGGCUCUCAGUCCUUUUCUGUAGGGUAGGAAAGAGGCUUUGGGAACGUGUUGAUGACCCACUGAUUGUAUCAGCUGCAAGAAGUCACCUGGGCCCAUUGAGCUGGUGUCAAUUUGGGAUUAUGCAUUCGGCCCUUGGCCCCUUUCAUAUAAUUGCCUCUUUUUUUCUUUUUCUUUUUUUUAAAGUUUAAUUCUCAGUUUAGGCUUGCUAGGAAAACCUUUCAUAAGUGACUUCAUUUAUUACUUUUCUACAAAUUUAUUUUGUUUUUGCCUGGAGGAAGCACUAGUGAUGAAUGCCUUCUAUUUUUGUUGUUAAUUUUCCUGAAGAAAAAGGCCCUUAAGAGAUUAAAGCUGCUUAAUUAAUUUGUCUGAUUACAAACAAAAAACUAAAAAGGGAAGCUGCCACUGUGCUUGACUGAUGAAGUUCAUGACUGAAGGCUGUGCUGUUCAUCCUUUUCGUUCCAUUUGACAGACGUUUCCUGAGCUUCAGACUCCUGUGCCAACCUUUUGCUGGGUUGUGGAGACACAAAGAUGGAAAGGACAGUCCUUGCUUUUGAGGAGCUUUGAGUCUAAUGGAAUGUAUUUGAAUGUGUAUAUGGCUGGAGAGUUUAUUAAUGGUUUUGUGGAAAGGUCAUUUUUUUCAUAGUGAUGAUCUUGGAUAGUCCCAUUCAGGAUACUGUGUAGCAUCCAGCAUGCUGCCUUGCACAUUUGAGAGACCCGAUCAGUCAGUAUUUGUGAGCUAGAUCACAACACUGCUAUCUCCUCAGUGAUUUUACCAGAGCAGAAUGAAUUUCCUCCUCCAGUGAUUAUAGAACAAUAACAUCUCUUUGGGAGCUGUUCUGAGCCUAAGCCCCAGGAAAUGAGGCAGGUGUGUGUCACUGAUGUGGGCAGAGGAAGCUCACACCUCGACUUAGCAACCUCUUAACCUCCUUCCCAACCAGAUCUCUCACCAGAGCUGGCAGCAGCUUGGGGUUUCUUUUCUUUUUUUCUGCCUGGGUUUUCAUUUAGAUGGAGGAUCAGCAAGGGGGGUGGGGUGGGGGACUAGAAUACUGGAUCAUAACUGUAGAAGGUUACAGCUGGAAUGGUCAUGGAAAUUACCAACGUUAACCUUCCCCCUAUUCUGUUUUAGCAGAUGAGGAAUUUGAGGUUCAGUGCCGUGUGGUUUAUUUUAUACUAUAGUUUUCUAGGGUCUGACUAAAUAGUCCUUAGAAUCACAUACCCAAUUUGUUAAUGAGGAAGACACCCAAGUGAUUUAGGAAGCUUUUUAACAGAUUUUUCUUCCUGAUUUUUUUCAGUUAGAAUUAAAAUGUACCUGUAUCUCUUGAAUCGAUGGCAGUGGGCUCUAUAUCUCUUGAAUACACACUCAGAUAGAGAAAACCCCUACGGUGUGAGUCAUGUGAAUAUGGAGUUUUGGGAAGUGAUAAUAUUUUGGUUGAAAUAAUUAUCAUUUUACUACCAAGGGUUAAAACCCAGACCUCACUUUUCACUGAAAAUCAAGAACUCCUUAGGGGACUCAAAUUUUUCUCAUCGAGCCUUUUACUCAAAAGAAUGAUCUUUUGGCCUGGUCUCUUGCAACGUAAUGUGAAAGCCAGUUUCUUUUGUGGGGAGUGUGACUAGAGAAAAGGGCAGCUGAAUAGAUUUUCCUCCAAGGAUGAUCCAGAAAUGCAUCUUUACACAUGAUUGGUACCUAGUGUAGCUUUCUGAGGAAGACUCUUCUGCAGAAAAGAGACUUAGAAAAAUGCAGAAGCCACUGGUUUAGAGAUUGAUAAAUUAGAUGAAGGAAACAGUGCCAAGACUGAAUGUGCACACUUGUCCCAUGUAUUAGCAUUUUUUUCUUCCUAAGAGAAAAAUCUGUUCACUCUGCUUUAUGAGUAAAUGCUUCCUUAAAUGUCUUGUAACUAAGAGGGCAACUUUUCACAGCCUUCCUCUUGUGACCCCAAACUCUGGGCAGGCUCCCUCACUACUUUCACUGGUGUCUUAAAUUAAGAAAUAGUUGGACAAAGCCAGGGUAAAGUAAGGCUUGUUCAUCUUCCUGUCCUCUCAUUUGAAAAGAGAUAUUACGCCAAGGCGCUCCUCAAAUAUCAAGCUGUUGGAGCUCAAGAGUAGUUUUUGGGUGCUGGCUUUGGGUUAACAGGCAGCAGCCAGACUCUCUCCCCUUGUUUGCACCGCCCAUCCCCAAGCUGUGCUACCAAUGGGAGCAGUGACUAAAUGGGUUCAAGUUUGUAUCAAACAUGAGGCCACCAACCCCUAGCCUCCAGGAACAGUUAAAGUCCUAGUAAGAGAAUAGGUACUAUGCAAGGGAAAAAAUGAUUAUCUUAAAUGCCAACUAAUGGAUUUUUUUUUUUUUUCCACCUGAUUUGCUAUUUACUUUCAACUCUUUGUACAAAUACUGUCGUCCUUCAGGCCUUUUCUCUUCCUGCCUAGAAAUAGAAAAUGGGUUGUGUAUUGGUUUUAUUCAUCCUGCUCUCUGCAUUAGAACCUGAGAAGGGGCCUAGACCCUUGUGGACUGCCGCUGCAGGCUGCUUCGUCUUCGGCUCAUCUUAAAGAGCAUUUUGACAAAGACAGAGGACUCAGAACAGGGCAUGCCCUGUCAAGGACGCUUCUGCCAACAAGAACAUGGCGUGGAAUCAAGCAGGAUGAUGCGUUAUUUAAACAGUACCAAAGUCCAUUCUUCAAUGUAUGUUUGCCUGCUUGAGGAGAAGACUAAAUUGAGAAUACAGUAAACUCAUAAAAGUGAA